AUGGGGGACGCCUACGCGAAGCGUGUGCUGCUCACCGCCGCCGGCGACGCCAUGUCCCGGGGGAUCGCCUCUACUCUCGCCAAGCACGGCUGCAGGGAGGUGCAAGAUUGUCUCAGUAUAAGUGAAGAUGAGUACAGGAAGACAAUCAAAGUAAAUGUGAUAACACCUUGGUUUCUAAUGAAGGCGAUCGCAAAGCGGUUCCAGGAUACAAAAUCUGGUGGAUCUAUUGUGUUCUUGACACAGAUUAUUGGUGCCGAGAGACGGUUAUAUCCAGGUGCUGCAGCAUAUGGUACAAGCUUAGGAGCUAUUCACCAAUUGGUCCGACUGUCUGCAAUGGAGCUUGGCAAGCACAAGAUUAGGGUUAACGCAGCCUGUCACGGCCUGCAUUUGCAGGACAAGUUCCCCAUCUCCGUGGGUAAGGAGAAGGCUGAGAAGGCAACAGCGGAGGUGAUGCCCCUACGGAGAUGGCUGGAUCUGGAGAAGGACGAGUCCCGGUACAUGACGGGCACAACGAUAUUCGUGGACGGUGCUCAGUCCAUUGUCCGGCCGCGCAUGCACUCCUUCAUGUAG